AUUAAAAUAUAGAGCUUUUUCAUAUUUGGUCUGCCGGUUACAAGCCUCAAACCCUAAAUUCUGAACACUAAACCCUAAAAUUCCACAAAUUCAGCUAGAUUCGCCGCCCGUCUUUUGUUGGUCGAUUUACUCCCGGCCAGUGCUCGGCUGCAUUCACACUCUCACAUAAUUUGAGACGUAAGGUUUCUUGCAGCGCAGCUUUCGCAAUGGACGUGGACUCUGAGUUGAAUCGUAGUAAACCUGUUGAGGUUGACAUGGAAGAAUCGGGGGCAAGAGAGGGCAAAGAAACGGAAUUAUCGGAUUCUAUGGAGAAGAUGAAUAUAUCCGAGCCUCUGGAGUCUUCUUCAUCUGGUAUUAACUUCAAGAGGAAGCCCGUCAUCAUCAUUGUCGUGGGAAUGGCUGGGAGCGGAAAGACUACUUUUCUACACAGACUGGUUUCUCACACUCAAUCGUCCAAUAUCCGAGGAUAUGUUAUUAAUCUCGAUCCAGCGGUCGUGAAUCUUCCCUUUGGUGCAAACAUUGAUAUAAGAGACACUGUUCGCUACAAGGAAGUCAUGAAGGAGUACAAUCUCGGUCCGAAUGGGGGAAUUCUAACAUCACUCAAUCUUUUCUCUACCAGAUUUAAUGAGGUUGUAUCUCUGAUUGAGAGGCGUGCUGAUCAACUUGAUUAUGUUUUGGUGGACACUCCUGGGCAAAUUGAGAUAUUCACUUGGUCGGCUUCAGGAGCUAUAAUAACAGAAGCUUUUGCUUCUACGUUUCCCACAAUCAUAACAUAUGUGGUUGAUACUCCACGGUCAUCUAAUCCAGUCACUUUUAUGAGUAACAUGCUCUAUGCAUGCAGCAUUCUAUAUAAAACAAGGUUGCCUUUGGUCUUGGCAUUUAACAAGGUUGAUGUAGCCAAACAUGAAUUUGCUCUGGAGUGGAUGCAAGACUUUGAGGCAUUUCAAACUGCUUUGGAUUCUGAUACUACAUACACUUCAACUUUAACGAGAAGCCUAUCGCUUGUACUGGAUGAGUUCUAUAAAAACCUUCAAUCAGUCGGAGUUUCGGCAGUGUCUGGUGUUGGAAUGGAUGCCUUCUUUAAUGCAAUUGAAGCCAGUUCUAAAGAAAAAAAGCUUUGGUUUUACAUGGAGAACUACAAAGCUGAUCUUGACAAUAGGCGGGCAGAGAAGGAUAAGCUUGAAGCAGAACGUAGAAUGUUAAACAUGGAAAAGCUAAGAAAUGACGUGGAAAAAACCAAAGGGCAGACUGUGGUGCUGAGUACUGGGUUGAAAGAUAAGAAGAAGAUGGAUGAAGAUGAGGACGAGGAGGAAGAAGAGAACGAUGUGAAUCUAUUCUCUGAGGAGGAUGAUGAAGAAGAUGAAGGAGAGGAUGAAGAGGUUGCUCAUUUUGCUUUCUAAAGGUUCCAGCUUGAUAAACUCCUGUAUCUGUGUUCCAUAUAGAUGAAAGUGAGCUUUUUCUUGAUCCUUGAAAUCUCUGGAGGCACAUGUAAAGCGUUUCUGAACUGAUUUCUGCCCAUUGUUUACAGUUCAUUAGAUUUGCUUUCUGUAAAACUGGUGGAUUUGUAAUAUAUUUAUGGGCGCUGCAAUUUGCUAAAUAUUGUCAGCCAUUUUAUAGCUCUUGAACAAAUUUGAGCGGAGGUUAUAAAGGUUUUGGAUGAAGUGAUGGGGCUCUUAUUAGUUACAAUUGGGAACUUAGAGAUGCUCAUCUUAUGCCUUUAGUUAAAUAGCCCAUAUGAAUUAAUAUAUAAGAUUAUGGGGUCUGUUUGGGACAAUUUUGUAAAGGUUGUUAUAAAGUUAUGGUGGGAAGUUAAUUAUCAUUUUGAUA